CCCUCCCCCUGCAGGCAGGCUGUGUUUCUGGCCCUGCCAUGUGCUGCUGUAUUUUAGCGCCCCAGACGGCUCCCUCCAGCCCUGGCGGGCCCUUUUUCUACCGCCAGCACCCAGGGUAGCCCCAGGGCCCCUUCUCUGCUCUCAGUGCCUGAGUGUCCAACCCAGGCUGCUCAGCCCUGCAUUAAAACUCUUCUGCCUGACUCUGGCCAUUCUAUUCCUGGUGGAAUCCCCACACCCCUACUGCCUGUCUGACUUCCUGAAGAAUGUCGUCUCAUUCACUUAGCAAAUUGUGCUAGGUCCUGUUCUAGACUCUAGGAUAGUGGUGGACUGGAUAGUCAGAACAGCUUGUAUUUUGUUGGGGAGGUAGACAGAAGAUAAAGUACACAAACAUAACUACAAUAGUUUCCUUCUGGUAGCAACUGCUAGAAGAAUAUAAUGUGGGAUAAUUUGACAGAGGGUGGUCAGGAAAGCACUUUACCCCGCCACCCCAGACAGUGACUUCAGAGCUGAGAUCUAAAUAAGGCAUUCCCACUGGGAGCACUGAGGGGAAGAGGGAACCACAGAGAGGGCACAGUCAGUGUGGAGUGGAGCAGGUGGAUGUGAGGUCUGGGAGAGAUGGGCAAGGCCCAGGUGCUGGGCUGCUGGGAGAGAAGGGGUCACGUUUCCUGGAGAAGUUAAUAGAAAUUCUCUCCUACCCUACCCUACUAUACUUAUUUCCCCCACUCUUUCUUUUUAUACCAUUUCAUCUGUGAAUAUCUCAGUUACCAACUGUGAUACUAUCAUCACACUUAAAAAUAUUAACAGUAAUUCCUUACUAUCAUGUAAUAAUAUUCAGUUGGUGAUCACAUUUCAGGGGAGAGUUUUAAGUGGGCAAGAACAUGUCUUGAUCUACCUCUUCCCACCAGUUAAGGCCUGGGUUCCAGGAAGGCCGGAGUCCCCUUGAUUCCUUAGGCUCACAGCAGAGGGACAGAAAGAAUAUGUGUUCACCUAUUUGGAGGUUAAUCCUAGUGGCCGGUACUGACCCACACUUGCGUGUGGCACCCCCAUUGUAAGUGUUCAGUUGUGUUAGCUCACUGAACUCUUUCAGCAACCCGGGAAGUAGGCACCACUGGCAGCCUCCCCACCCAACAGACCAAGACACAGACACAGACACAGACAUGUUGUUGCUACCUGCCUGAGUCUGCUCAGCUAAGUUGCAGAGGCAGGAGCAGCGCCUCCUGCUCAUAGGGUAGGUUAAAGGGGUGGUAGCAGGACCUAGGGCCCAGUGUGGGCUCAUUGCCCUUCACAUUAUCUGGCACUUUCAUUCCUUCUUAGCAUCUAAUUCUGUGACUAGUGUGUAUUUUGCAGUUCCCAGUUUUAAAUCCUCAGAUGAGUAUUUAAAAUCAAAGAGCCAAAUGUCCUCCUGGUGAAACUGCCCUGGGGCGCAGACUUGCCAAGAGCAUCUACCUUGCCUUAGUUUCCUGGAGCUCCAUGAAGCUUCCUGGAUUAGUGGGAAACCGAGAUCAUUGGAGCCUGGAACAGGUGGGGAAACUGAGAUUUGGGGAAUGCACAGCUGAUGAUGAUCCUAGCUGGCCCUGAGAGGUCUCUGUCCCUGGCCAGGCUUGUUGACUUGUUGACUAUUGGGUAGCACUGUGUGCCAGGUCCAGGAGUAGUCCUCAAGACAGAGCAUAGGGGUGGGUGCAGAGUGAUGACAGGCAGCAGAGAAUCUCUGGUUUCAGAUAUAGAAAGUUCCCUUUUACCAAACCUCACUGGUCACUGGGUGGGGACAAAGGUCCACAUAGGUGGCCCAAUUACAGCUGUACACUGUUGACUCUCCUUGGACACCGGACCUAGCAUGGCCUUCAGAGGAGGCAGAUGUCCCCUCUCUUCUCUGUUGAUAUUCUCUGAGCCCCUCCUGGGCACCAGCUGCCACACCGGGAGCUGGGAACACAGUGGAGACCUAGCAGCCUAGCCUGCCCUCAUGGAGUUCAUGGUCUAGUGGGAAGACGGGAGUUAGCUGAGCCUUCCUGAGGUGCCGCCAACGGCACGGCCAGGCCAGCAUGGUGGACCACUUGCUGCCAGUGGACGAGACCUUCUCGUCGCCGAAAUGCCCAGUUGGUUAUCUGGGUGACAGGCUGGCCAGUGGGCGGGCGUACCACAGGCUGCCCUCGCCCCUCUCGGAGGAUGACAGCGACGCCUCCAGCCUCUGCUCCUGUGCCAGCCCAGACUCACAAGCCGUCUGCUCCUGCUACGGUGGUGGGCCGGGUGCUGAGGGCCAGGACAGCAUCUUGGACUUCCUGCUGUCCCAGGCCACACUGGGCAGUGGUGGCAGUGGUGGCAUUGGGGCCACCGGUGGUUCCAUGGCCUGGGGGGCCUGGCGGAGGGCACCGACACCUGUGAAGGGGGAGCAUUUCUGCUUCCCCGAAUUUCCUGUGAGUGACCCUGAUGACGUCCCAAGGCCCUUCCAGCCCACCCUGGAGGAGAUUGAAGAGUUUCUGGAAGAGAACAUGGAGCUGGGAAUCAAGGAGGCCCCAGAGAGCAACAGCAAGGACGUGGAGGCCUGUGACCAGCUCUCAGCCGGGCCACACAGGAGCCACCUCCAUCCUGGGUCCAGUGGGAGAGAGCGCUGCACCCCGCCUCUGGGCAGUGCCAGUGUGGGCGGCAGCCAGAGCCCGGGUGGGGGGCCUGCAUCUGAUGGCCCUAUCCCCGUGCUGCUACAGAUCCAGCCUGUGCAGGUGAAGCAGGAGUCAGGCACGGAGCCCACCUCCCCUGGGCAGGCCCCGGAAAGCGUCAAGGUGGCCCAGCUCCUGGUCAAUAUUCAGGGUCAGACCUUCGCACUUGUGCCCCAGGUGGUGCCCUCCUCCAAUGUGAACCUGUCAUCCAAGUUCGUGCGAAUCGCCCCUGUGCCCAUUGCUGCCAAGCCCAUUGGGUCGGGACCCCUGGGCCCUGGCCCCACCGGCCUACUCAUGGGCCAGAAGUUCCCCAAGAAUCCGGCAGCAGAACUCAUCAAAAUGCACAAAUGUACUUUCCCCGGCUGCAGCAAGAUGUACACCAAAAGCAGCCACCUCAAGGCCCACUUGCGCCGGCACACAGGCGAGAAGCCCUUUGCCUGCACCUGGCCGGGCUGCGGCUGGAGGUUCUCCCGCUCUGAUGAGCUGUCGCGGCACCGGCGCUCGCACUCGGGGGUGAAGCCCUACCAGUGUCCUGUGUGCGAGAAGAAGUUCGCACGGAGCGACCACCUCUCCAAGCACAUCAAGGUGCACCGCUUUCCUCGGAGCAGCCGCUCAGUGCGCGCGGUGAACUGAGCGCCCGCCUGCCCCCGCCCCCACCCCCGCCCGUUAUUUUUGUAGCAAUAAUUUAUUUGCCUCUUCAGAAGGACGUGACAAUGUUGCCAACCCACCUUCUGAAGCCCAGGAGGUGCAGGAAGAUGGGGGCUUGCCUGAGAGGCGGGAACCCAGAGCCCCCAGCCCGCUGCCUUUCCUAGGAAGACCUAGAGCCGCGCCCGCGUCCCUGGGGGCUGGCACCCCGUCCCCGCACCCCCCGCACCGGGCUGCAGGCCGGCCUUCCCGCCUUUGUGCCUUUGUGCCUUCCCGCGGGCCGGCCUUUGCUAAGGCAGCGCUGGGAUCCUGGACCUUCUCCCACUGGGCUCCCUGCCUGGGCCAGGGCUGGCACUUUUUUGCUCAGAAGAAAUGUGCAGUUUUGAAAUGUCAGUUCCCAGAGGGAGCCAUGCUGGGAAGAAGGAAGUAGGCCAGAAGUCCAGGGCUGCACCGUGCUGUGAGGGUGGCUUUGUCCAAGAUCUCCUGCUCAGCCUGACUACGGGAGGGUAGGAGCUGGGCAGGCCAUGGCGCAUCACCAGGCCCCUGGGCAGAGGUGGAAUUAGGCUGAGUUGCCCCCUCUGUGGGGGUCUGGGAACGCAUGCGCUUGAGUUAAAGUGUCCGGCAGACAGACAGAUGCCGGCUAGCCCCAGAGCAUCUGUACCCAGCAUGGCUCAUCCCCUCAUCCCAUUUCCAGACAGAUCCAGACACCAGCCUCCAUGGUCCCUUGGGGAAGAGAGGGGAGCAGGCUGCAUUGCGUGUAGGAGAACUAGGUAGAGCCUCCGAAUCCUGAUUUAGAAAUGCAUUCCUUAUUUUGUCUAGAAUUAAUAUCAAAUGAACUAGCUUGUUUUGACAGGUUUAUUUCACAUCCUAUGAAUGUAUGUAAAUAAGCUGUACAUAGGUACAUCUACAUAAAAUAUCUUUUAAUAACAUAUCAACAUUGGUGUAAAUUUGAAAUUAAAAAAUCUAUAAAGCUGGUGUACAUAUGUUACAAUUAUGUAUAUUUUCUUUGGUCCUUCAUAAAAAUAUAUUUACUUUGCCAAUAAAAAGAAAAAAGAACUGAGUGA